UCGUAGUUAACGACGCUUCUUCCUGUAUCUGUCUUUUUAAGUACCCUGAAGCCACGAGGGUGCACACGCUCUCCGCAGCAGAGAAUACUCACACUACCGUUACCACUAUGCCUGAAAUUCAGACCGCCGAUGAGAUGGAAGCGGAGAAGGAGACCUUCGCCUUCCAGGCUGAAAUUGCUCAGCUGAUGAGUUUGAUCAUCAACACAUUCUACAGUAACAAGGAAAUCUUCCUGAGAGAGUUGAUCUCUAAUGCUUCUGAUGCCUUAGAUAAAAUCCGAUAUGAGUCACUCACAGAUCCCAGCAGACUGGACUCUGGAAAAGAUCUCCACAUUAGAAUUGUUCCAGACAGGGACAACAAGACUCUGACCAUUGAGGACUCUGGAAUUGGCAUGACCAAGGCAGAUUUGGUGAACAACCUGGGUACCAUUGCCAAGUCAGGAACCAAGGCUUUCAUGGAGGCCUUGCAAGCUGGUGCUGACAUUUCUAUGAUUGGGCAAUUUGGUGUAGGUUUCUAUUCUGCGUAUCUGGUGGCAGACCGUGUUGUUGUCGAGUCCAAGAACAACGAUGAUGAGCAGUACACGUGGGAGUCUUCAGCUGGGGGUUCCUUUACAGUGGCCACUGGAGUUGGCUCUCCUCUGGCCCGUGGCACAAGAAUCACUCUGCACUUCAAAGAGGAUCAGAUUGAAUAUCUAGAAGAGAAGAGGAUCAAGGAUGUGAUCAAGAAACACAGCCAGUUCAUUGGCUAUCCCAUCAAACUGUUGGUUGAGAAGGAGCGUGACAAGGAAGUGUCUGAUGAUGAAGAGGAAGAAGAGAAGAAGGAAGAUGACAAGGAGGAGAACAAAGAUGAGGACAAGCCCAAAGUGGAGGAUUUGGAUGAAAACGAUGAUGAAGAUGCUGACAAAGACAAAAAGAAAAAGAAAACAAUCAAAGAGAAGUAUAAUGAGGAGGAAGAGUUGAACAAAACCAAACCCCUGUGGACAAGAAAUGCAGAUGACAUUACACAAGAGGAGUAUGCAGAGUUUUACAAAUCUCUUACCAAUGACUGGGAAGAUCACCUGGCUGUGAAACAUUUUUCUGUGGAAGGACAGCUGGAAUUUAGAGCUCUUCUCUUCAUCCCAAAAAGGGCCCCUUUUGACAUGUUUGAGAACAAGAAAAAGAAGAACAAUAUCAAAUUGUAUGUGAGAAGAGUGUUCAUCAUGGACAACUGUGAAGAUCUCAUCCCAGAGUAUUUGAACUUUGUCAAGGGUGUCGUGGACUCUGAAGAUCUCCCUCUGAAUAUUUCAAGAGAAAUGUUGCAACAAAGCAAAAUUCUGAAGGUCAUUCGUAAGAACCUUGUCAAAAAGUGUGUUGAACUCAUUGAAGACCUCGCAGAAGACAAAGAGAAUUACAAGAAGUUCUAUGAACAGUUCGGCAAAAAUCUGAAGCUGGGCAUCCAUGAAGACAGUACAAACAGGAAGAAGCUGGCAGACUUUUUGAGAUACUAUUCAUCACAGUCUGGAGAUGAGAUGACAUCUUUGAAAGAUUAUGUUUCACGGAUGAAGGAGAAUCAAAAAGACAUCUACUACAUCACAGGUGAGAGCAGAGAAGCUGUCCAAAACUCUGCUUUUGUAGAGCGUGUGAAGAAGAGGGGAUUUGAAGUGAUCUACAUGAUUGACCCCAUUGAUGAGUACUCUGUACAGCAGCUGAAGGAGUAUGAGGGCAAGAACCUCGUGUGUGUCACAAAGGAGGGCUUGGAGCUCCCUGAGGAUGAAGAGGAAAAGAAGAAGUUUGAGGAGGCCAAGGCCCGCUUUGAGGGACUCUGCAAAGUCAUGAAGGAAAUUCUUGACAAGAAGGUUGAAAAGGUUGUUGUGUCAAACCGCCUGGUCACAUCCCCAUGCUGUAUUGUCACAUCUCAAUAUGGCUGGUCCGCCAACAUGGAGAGAAUCAUGAAGGCUCAAGCACUCCGUGAUACCAGCACUAUGGGUUACAUGGCAGCCAAAAAGCACCUGGAGAUCAACCCAGAUCAUCCUAUUGUCAACACCCUGAAGGAGAAAGCAGAUGCUGACAAGAAUGACAAAGCUGUGAAGGACUUGUGCUUGUUGCUGUUUGAGACCUCUCUUCUUGCUUCAGGUUUCAGCCUUGAAGACCCCACCUCCCAUGCCAACAGAAUUCACCGAAUGAUCAAGCUCGGUUUGGGAAUUGAUGAUGACGAUGGUGCCUCUGGUGAUGCUGCUGUCGAGGCUGCAGGAGAAGAGAUUCCACCUCUGGAAGGAGAUGAUGAUGAUGCAUCUCGCAUGGAGGAAGUGGACUAACUCUGAACUUACAAUUAUUUGAAAUGCUUGAUUUGAUUACUUUUUCAAUUCAGAAUGUGCUGUGGAGGGUAGAAAGUUUUUACUUUUACACGUUCUUGUUCGUUUUUGUUUUUUGGUGUAAUUUUUUUGACAUGAUCCAUGAACUAAACGGGUUUUGGGUCACAUUAAUAGCUUUUCAUUGGCCAUUGAUUCUGUAGUCAAAUCGAAUGUUUCACCCUAAAAAGACUGCCACUUUGCACUCAUUUAUUUUCUUCUGUUUACUUUGAUAGAUAAAAAUAAAUGUUGUUCUAAUCGUU